AUGGAUAGCGAAAAAGAGACUGCCGAGGAAGAGAGCAACUUGUCGUCCUUCAAUAUGAGGAUGGAGGCUUCAAGUCCGAGUUAUGGGUCGGAUGGAGAGACCAAGAACCACCGCGAUGUCGCUGAACACAUCUCCUCUAUCGAGAAGGAAAACUUCAACUUAAAACUACGAAUUUAUCACAUGGAGGAGCACCUGAACUCCAAAGGCGGUCAAGAUUUCCAAUCGAUUCUGCACCAAAAGGUCGAGAACGAAGAACUCAAAACCGAGCUUGACGAAAACCAAAAACUUCUUCAAGCUGCUAAUAAAGGAAUUUCCUGCCUCAAGAAGGAAGUAGACGAGGAAAAAAAGCUACGUGGAAAGGCAGAAAAUGAGCUGUCAAAGCUACAGACUGAGCUCCGACAGGCGAACGAAGAGAAGCAGCGGAUGAAGAAGCAAAUUGAAAGACUGCGCGACGACGCUCGACGAGCUCGGGAAAAAGCAGCCCAUUCUUACGAAUCAACCGAAAUUCAACUCAACGAUUCUCUCAACGAAAAUCGAGAGCUCCAAGACAAAAUUGAAGACUUGGAGAACAAUAAUAUAACGCUAGAAGACGAGCUUUCCGCAAAGGAAAGCGAACUUGCACGUGUGCAGGACGAGAACGACGACCUAGUCGACGAAGUAGAAAGACUCAGAGCUGAAAAUGUGCGUCUGGCGAGCCAAGCCAGUCGUGUACCCAGAAAGCCCCGCUCUUACGAUAUGGGGAUCCAGUGUGAAAGUAGAAUGUGCGAGAAGGCGUGCCAAACGCGAAAUUUGGACUAUGCGCCGCGUUCCCGACUGCCACGACCAGAAACGAACUCAAGACGGAUGCAACGGACCACUUCCGUCGGAAACCUAUCGGACAGAACAAGCAGUCCUGUCCGAUCUUAUGGCUCGAGCCGUGACCUCCGAAUUCCAGUUGGAACGCCUUCGCGAUACAACGAAUCAUCGUCAAGGUAUAGAAACGUCCCUGCACAUCACCAGUCGACCCCGUUUGGACUCGAGCGUACCGAAAGUGAUCAUCGCUUUGAUUACCAAAGGGACGGGAGUGGGCGUUUAUCGCGCAACGUUCACUUCGAGAGUCCCGCGCGCGGCAAAUCCAUGAUGGACCUGCGCCUCAUUGAGGAGAACAUCCACGAUAUCGGCAGUAAUCUGCGCGAUAUCAAGUACCUUUCCGAGUCCAUUCGAGAUCAAAACCCUAGAAAUAGAACAACGGAAGAACAUGUAGCACUGUAUCAAUCUCUUGUGCAGGGCCAAAACAAGGAGCUGAGCUCGUUGAGAAGGCAGCUCGAUCAGGCGCGCCUCUCAUGCACGCGUCUGCGUACGACGCUCGAUGAUCUUCAGCGUGCUGAUUACCUCGAACAACGGCGGCUCAUUUCCACGGCGCGACGAACCCUUCGCAAGCUUGAAGGCGAACUCGAAAAUCGCGAUGAGUCGGCAACGUCCGACUGCGCCUCCGAGUCCGAUUACGACUACGACUCGAACAAUCGCUCUUCAAUUCUUCCACUGACUUCAAUGUUGACCGAGAUCAAGUCAAUGAUUGCCGGACUGCACAACUCGCCCAAAGCUGAGCUUGACGUGCGCCGACUCCGAUCAGAAUUAGAAGCGAUGGACUCGGGCCACCCAACAUCGCCGAACGACUUGAGCGACGCGCAGCUUCUUCCGGGCAUCGUUCAGGAUCUACAAAACUUGCGUCUCAAAUUGGACCAAACCGUAUCUUCCGCGAAGCCUGAACGCAAACGACCUCUGUCCUUUGAUUCAGGCUGUCAAACGGAGGUUUCGGGAACCACUAUUUCAUUGUACAACGACGAAUUGAGUGCUCUCAGGGACGCCCUUUCUCAAAAAGACUGCGAAAUCGACAAGUUGAGAGCGGAAGCGAUUCAACGCGAGAUGCACCCCGCUGUAAACUCGUCACCGAUCAAACACUCCAACAAACGCAAAUCAUUCUUUGAUACGGAGGGUCCCCUCACCCCGCCCCUUUCGAGUGGAGCAGAGGACAACUUCAUGCCCUCUGGAAGCGAUCUGCGGACUCUCAGAGAAGGUCUCAAUCAAGGCCGGCUCCUAUCGAAAUCCAUUUACCACAAAGUGGAGCUUGGUGUCGAAGAUACAGAGGAGAUGGUUGAAGAAGUGCAUGAUCUGGUGCAGUUGUUGGACGAGAUGAGCAGGAUGCUUCAGAAAAUGCAGUAUAAAGCCUGCUCCCAGGAGAGCGACAACGCCGAAAAUAUCCGACUGCGAAACAAGGUGCACGCGUUGGAAAAGAUGCUCGCUACGACGGUCUCGCGCAUGCAAAAGAAUUCUUUGCUGAAACAAGGAAUCGACCACCAGAUCUCGUCCAAGUCAUUGGGAUCAUCUACUGAAAUGUUGACGUCAGAUCAGCUUAACUAUACUGCCGGCAUUCUUGGACGUGCAAGGAUCAAUCUUGGAAACUCUACGCCUUCGACUUCCAGAGCAACUUCCCUCAAUGGAGACUCUCUCUAA